UUUUGACCCAGCUGCAAAGCAGAAAACACUUCGAUUUACUGUUAUCCGCUUUUGGGGGUCAUAAAACUUUGCUAAUCUGUGGGCAGCGAUAAGAUUGGGGCCGGCAGUACCACAACGCAACCGAAAGCCAAUAUGAGCGCACGAAAUUUGCUGCUACUCUCCUCGUCGCGAGUGCACGGCCACGGAUAUCUGGAGCAUGCACGCGCCCAGCUGGAGGAUCUCUUCAAGGCCUGCCAUGUGAAGACGGUGCUCUUUGUGCCGUAUGCCCUGAGGGAUCACGACAAGUACACGGCGCUCGUGCGGGAUGCGAUUGCACCGUGGGGCUACGCUGUCGAGGGACUGCACACCAAGGAUGACCGCGGACAGGCUGUGCGCGAUGCCCAGACCAUAUUUGUGGGCGGCGGCAAUACCUUUGUGCUGCUGCGCACCCUCUACCAGCUGCAGCUGCUGGAGCCCAUACGUGAGCAGGUGCUGCAGCGUGGCGUACCCUAUGUGGGCAGCAGUGCGGGCACCAAUGUGGCCACCCGAUCCAUUCACACCACCAAUGACAUGCCCGUGGCCCAUCCGCCCAGCUUCGAGGCCCUGGCCCUUGUGCCAUUCAACAUCAAUCCGCACUAUCUGGAAACGGACCCCAAUAGCGAGCACAAGGGCGAGACGCGGGACGAGCGUAUCGCGGAGUUUGUUGCCUACCACUCGCGUCCAGUACUGGGCCUCAGGGAGGGCACCAGUGUGCGUGUCGAGGGCAGCAAGGCCACUCUUCUGGGUGCACGCAGUGCCAAGCUGUUCCAAUCCGAUGGAGGAUCCAGGGAGCUGCAGCCCCUGGCCGAUCUCAGUUUUCUGCUGAGCCAGGAAUAAAAGCAAACAAAAGAUUAUUUUUUUACAAUUAUACAUUGUAUUAUUCUGCAAAAUACCAACAAUUCCUACAUACAACUAGUAUCAUAAUCUACAUAUGACUAAUAACUAUACAAGAUGGUGGCUCGUCCCGUAGUCAACGUUUUGCAAUAAAUUAAAUGUUUCUCACAACAACAUUAAAAAAAAACA